AUGGACUCGCUCACGCUUGUCUCUCUGGCGGAUGCUCUGGUGCCGCAGGCGAUAGCUGACGGGCUGGUGGCGCUGUGUCGCCGCACGGGGCAGGCGUGGGGGCCGAACAGCGCGGAAGCUCUUUUUUGGUUUCAGCCACCGAAGGUGCACAUCUUGGAAUUUGUUGUUGUGCACGUGUUUGUCUGGUGGUGCUUCCGUGCCUCGGCGGGGUACCCGGCACGGGCGUGGAGGCGCCUGCGGCGAGUCUCCCGUGGCAAAUGUCAGGAUAGCCGGUUAAACAUGCUGCUGGGCCUUGUGCUCCUGCUGUGCUGGUCGUUUCAGGUGCUGCUGAAGGCCCUUCGUCCGCAGCCGCUCGUCCAGCUCGGGUGGUUGCUCAUGCCCUGCCACCUGCUCACGCUGCUUUGGGUCGCCGUGCUCUUGCGCACCGGCCCGAGCCACUACCCCACGAAUGUCUACCUGGCAACCCUCGCCGCGGAUUACCAUUGGGGACCCGUGGCGGCAAUGGCCUCCCCCGAUUGGGGAGACCAUCGCUACAAACUUGAGGCCCCUGUUUUUAUGGUCCAUCAUGGUCUGUUGCUCAUCAUGCCGUGCUACUUUGCCGCGCGCUAUGAACUGUUGCCCUUGACCACGUCACACUUACUCCACGUGACGGCGGUGGCGACGCUGGUCAACAUCGGCUUCUACACACCGUACGCCUACAUUAGUGGCCUCAACUUGAACUACAUGCUCUACCCGCCACCGAAGCUGAUGCGUGUGUUUCCCUUCACGUCCGUGGCGUACCGCUUUUACGUCAUCGCCAUCCUUAUCGCGUUAACGGCCAUGUUCCACGUUGUCAUUGCCGGAUUUGGCGAGGGCGUUCGCUGGCUGCUGUCGCUUGGCAAACGCAGGCACCAGCCGCCCAAGCAGCGACUGGACAUGAGUCGUUAG